AUGGCGACCAACCUCCACCUUCUCCUCGAGCUAGGAUUCCGCUUCAACCCCUCACCGGAGGAGGUCGUCACCUACUACCUCCCACGCCUCAUUGCCGGCCACCCGCCCAAGGACACCGAGUCCUGCAUCCACCGAGCCAAUGUCUACGGCGCCGAGCCCAGGGAGCUCGCAGCCCAGUUCGCGCCCGUGGCGAGGAGCUCCAAUGGCGACCGGUUCUUCUUAACCGAGUGCAAGCGGAUCAAGGGGAAGGUCUCUCGCGUCGCAGGCGGUGGCAGCUGGGUCUCUCAGACCAGCAAGGAUAUCAAGAACAGGGAGGGGAUCAAGGUCGGGGAAGCCAAGAAUUUCCGCUUCAAGAAAGAUGGCACGAACACGGAUUGGUUGAUGGAGGAGUACCACCUCUGCCUCCGACAAGCCAGCGAUCUCGAGCCCGUCCUCUGCCGGGUGUACGUCUCUCCCAGGGCGGCCAAAGAUUCGGCGGCGCACCAAGAAUCCGCCGCUCUCACGCCCCAAGAACCUGCGCCGCCGCUGGCUCAUGCUCCCGCACCGGCUCCGAUUCAAGAACCAGCCGCUCUGCCUCGUCAAGAACUCGCGCCUGCGCCACCACGUCUCGAGGCCGUGAUCACGCAGCAGCAAGCGACCAUGAAGAUGGGAGGUUCUGUCCCGGCAAGCAAGGCGACGCGCCAGAGUUGCGUGACGGCGUCCGCGCCACCACCGCGACGUGUGGCUCCGCAACCGGCACCUCCGUCACUGCGUACUGCACCGGCGGCUGUUGCGCCGCCACGGCAAGUGCCCGUGAUCACGCAGCAGCAGGCGCCUCCCCUGAAGAGGCCCGCCCCGCCGGUCCCCUCGCCGCCGUGCGCCAAGAAGAUCAGAGGACCUGUCUCGGCAAGCCCGGCGGCGCGCCAGAGCUGCGUGGCGGCAUCCGCGCCGCCGCCAUGGUGUGUGCCUCCGCCUCCGCGACCGGCACCACCGUCAAGGCGCGUCAUGGCGCCACUGCCGCCUUAUCCGAUGGAUCCGUUCGAGACACCACCGUCGCCUCAUGCACCCAGGCAUGAUCCGUUCGAGCCACCACCGUCGCCUGAUCCACCCAUCCAGAGCUAUGCGAUCGAUCCACCCAUCCAGAGCUAUGCGAUGGAUCCAUUCGAGCAACCGCCGUCGCCAUACGCACCACAUGGCGUUGAUGACAUGGACGAGUUUACGAGAUCGCUGGAAGCUCAGCUAGAAGAAGCCGAUGGUGAUGAAAUUGCUGCAGCGACUGUUGCUCCUCCCAUGGCACAAAACGUUGCGCCCGAUGACGACAUGGACGAGUUUACGAGAUCGCUGGAAGCUCAGCUGGAAGAAGCAGAUGGUGAUGACAAGAUUGAUGAUGAUGAGAUUGACGAGGAAAUUUUCCAAAUUCCGCUGAAGGACUAA